AUGUAUGCUAUAUGCAUGUUGAGCAGGUUCAUGGAGGCUCCCACCAGACAACAUAUGUUUGCAGCAAAACGGGUUCUGAGAUACCUAAAAGGGACAAGCACUUAUGGCAUCUGGUACAAAAGGAAAGAUAAGAACAGCAAGCUUCUUGGCUAUACAGAUAGUGACUAUGCAGGGGAUCUGGAUGACAGAAAAUCCACCAGUGGUUAUGUGUUCUUCAUUGCAGGUGGAGCUAUAUCCUGGGCCUCGAAGAAGCAACCAGUUGUCACCCUGUCCACAACAGAAGCUGAGUUUGUAGCUGGUUCUUACUGUGCUGCACAGUGUGUAUGGUUAAGGAAGAUACUCGAGCAAAUGGGAUGGGAAGACAGUGUGUCUGCUGCUACCAAGGUUCUGUGUGACAGUAGUUCAGCCAUUAAGCUGUCCAAAAAUCCUGUCUUUCACGGUAGGAGUAAGCACAUUGAUGUGCGGUUUCAUUUCCUGAGGGAUUUGGCUAAAGAGGAGAUGAUUGAGAUGGAACAUUGCAGGAGCCAUGAACAAGUGGCUGAUAUCAUAACCAAAGCCCUUAAUCUGGAUGCAUUUCAGAAUUUGAGGUACCAACUGGGAGUGUGCGCAGAAGAGGAAUUCAAGUUGGGAGAAUGA